AUGACGGACGCGGAAAAAGCAUUGCGUGAACUAUUAGACAAGGUUCUUAAGGAACGGGGCUAUAAACCGACUGAGAUAAAAAUACAAGAAAUUUCAUCUGGUGGCCGGAACUACACAUCUGCUUUGUUUUGUAUUUCAUUAUGUUUACCAGACAAAGAGUUAAAAUUAUUCGCUAAAGUUGCUAAUAUUGGACAGGAAUUAAGAGAGGUAAUGCAGGCUGACUGGUUGUAUGGAACAGAAAGAUUUGUAUACAACAGACUUAUGCAUCUUUACAAUGAACUCCAAAAAGAUCUAAACGAAGAACAUAGAUUUAUUUUUCCUGAAUUCUACGGAAUUAGUGAGGAGACAGGUAAAGAGAUCGUCAUAAUGGAGAAUUUGGUGGCGAGUGGAUAUGAAACAUACGACCGUUUGAAGUCCUUGGACUGGGACCACGGCCGGGUCGGUGUUGAGAACUUGGCGAAAUUUCACGCUUUGUCCUUCGCACUACAAAAAAGUGACCCUGAAACAUUCAAGAAAAUUACUACUAAUAUGCCUUUUCGUAUAGGCGAUGAAGAACAAAACCAGUCUUCGAAGGAUAUCUGGAUAAAGAAUGAUUUGAUCGAAGGACCACUAAGUGUUCUGGAUGAAGGUGAUCGAGGUGCAGUCAGGGAGUUUGUUAUGAAUUCUAAUAAUACUAUGCCUAAAUUUAACAAACCCAUCGACAAACCAGUUAUAUCACACGGAGACUAUAGAAAAAGCAAUUUACUGUUUAAAGGACAGGGCGAUGACCUGCAGGUCCGAGUGGUGGACUAUCAGACUGUUCAUGCUGGAUGUGCUGUGACAGAUCUCAUCUACUUCAUAUAUCUAGGCUCGGAUGACGAGUUUCUCCGUCUGUAUUUCGACAAACUAGCAAAUCAUUACUAUACAAGUCUAGAAGAAGCGCUCAAGAGAUUGUCUGUGGAUCCUGUGGAAGUGUAUCCGAGAGAGCAAUUUGAAAGUGAUUUGAAAGAGAAGUUACCUUACGCGGUCCUGAUCGGCGUGAUGCUGUUACCAGUUAUUAUCGCGGAUGAAGAAUCAGCUCCAAAAGUCAACAAUGAUGAAGCCGAUAUUUCCACAUUUAUUGUGAAGACUAACGAUUUAUAUGCUCAGCGUUUCAGAGGAAUUGUGAGUGAUUGUAUGAGAAGAGGAGUGUUGUAG